UAAACUUGAAAAUGAUUUAACAUAUCUAUAAGGCCUUCUACAUUUGCACAAGCAGCCAAACUUAAGAGGGGGCUCCUGUACUAGAUUGACGGAGAAGAAAGAUGAGUGCCGAAAAAGAAUCCUCUGUCUCUCAACGUCACUUGUCCUGCACUAGAUGCUUAGACGCUCUCUGGUUUUGCUAUUCUCCGGUUCAUCAAUUGCAACAGUAUUACAGAGAAGGAGUUUUGCAUAAUUGCUAUGGAAAAUGGAGUGCUCUUUGGGAUUGUUUGUAUUUGAAAACCAAGCCCUCUUCUCAACUCCAGGAAAUUCUGGAGGCUCGCGAGAAAGCUGAGUCUCAUAGUUGGACAUUUUGGACACUCGAAGAAGCACAAGCUUAUUGGAAGCAAGAAUUUGGACAUUUAAAUGGUCGAGAAUCGAAAUAAUCGAAAUAGACUUUAAUUAAGCUGCAUGUUGCAGACUUACAGCUGAGUUUUCUUGUUUUUUUCCCCUUUAAGUUCCAGUUGUUACCUUUUAACUAUUACAAUAAAUCAAUAAAUCAGUGCAACAGAGAGUAGAGGUUCUUUUGUUUGUGUUAA